AUGGUGGCGUUCGCUGUCAUCAUCUCGGUGAUGAUGGUGGUCACCGGAUCCCUGAACACCAUCUGCGCCAAGUGGGCCGACAGCAUCAAGGCCGACGGCGUCCCGUUCAACCAUCCGUUCCUGCAGGCGACGUGCAUGUUCUUCGGAGAGUUCCUCUGUCUCGUUGUCUUCUUCUUGAUCUUCGGAUACAAGAGAUACGUCUGGAAUCGGUCUAAUGUGCAAGGUAGAGAAGGAAAACAGUAGACAGACUGGUCAGCGGUGUUAUUCAGGUGAAAGCGGCAGUAUCACAGAGAUUACCUCCGACGAGAAACCGACGCUUCCUCCGUUCAACCCGUUCCUCUUCUUCCCUCCGGCACUGUGCGAUAUUCUUGGAACCUCCAUCAUGUACAUCGGUCUCAAUCUGACCACUGCAUCGAGCUUCCAAAUGCUCCGAGGAGCCGUUAUCAUCUUCACAGGACUGCUUUCCGUCGGAAUGCUCAACGCCCAGAUCAAGCCAUUCAAGUGGUUCGGAAUGCUUUUCGUCAUGCUCGGUCUCGUCGUCGUCGGAGUCACCGACAUCUACUACGACAGCAAUCCGUUAGAUGACAAGAACGCCAUCAUCACCGGAAAUCUGCUCAUUAUCAUGGCGCAAAUAAUCGUUGCCAUUCAGAUGGUUUACGAGCAAAAGUAUCUGACCAAGUACGAUGUCCCCGCUCUUUUCGCCGUCGGAUUGGAAGGACUCUUCGGAAUGGUCACUCUCUCUUUCCUGAUGAUUCCGUUCUACUAUAUCCACGUGCCGAAGACAUUCUCGACCAACCCGGAAGGCCGUCUCGAGGACGUCUUCUAUGCCUGGCAGGAGAUCAAGGAGGAGCCCACCAUUGCUCUUGCCCUCUCUGGAACCGUCAUCUCGAUCGCAUUCUUCAACUUUGCCGGAGUGUCAGUCACGAAAGAGCUGUCCGCCACCACCAGAAUGGUCCUCGAUUCGAUCCGCACUCUCGUCAUCUGGGUUGUGUCCAUUCCAUUGUUCGGAGAGCAAUUCAUUGCUAUCCAGGUAUUGGCUUCCUGCGGCCGUUUCUUUAUAAAAUGCUCAUCUUUCAGCUCAUCGGAUUCGCCCUUCUCAUCCUCGGAACCCUCGUCUACAACGACGUUCUCAUCGGCCCAUGGUUCCGUCGCAACAUCCUCCCGAACCUCAGCUCGCACGCCAGUUGCGCCCGCUUCUGGCUGUGCGUCUGCGGCGGCGACGAAGAGCUCAUCGAAUACGAGCAGGACGAUCAGGAGCACCUUCUUGAGGCCUAA